AGUCCAGCACUGAAACAAGUUGCGGCAUUUGAAACCGGAAAGGGAGCGACGGAGAGAGUGAGGUCGGAAUGGACGAUCCUCCUGAAAACGAUCUAUGCUCCGUCUGCCCAACACUCCUUGCCAAGCCAAUUGCUCUCACUGGUUUUGCGGAAAUUGUAUUAUGCUUGUUUGGCAUCACGGAUCAGCUCUUCAGCCUUGUAAUUGCCCUCGCUGUCAUCGCCAGUUAACCUUGCUGGUUCCAACUGAGGCUUCCUUGAGCCAACGUAAUACGCCUGAGGUGGCAAGGUUGAAACGUAUAAUCACUAUUUCGGAGGUCAAUCCAGAGGACUUAUCCAGAAGAAUUGUAGUUUCCUUGAAGAGUAGGGGUAAGAAGUGGUUAGAGGGAUGUGUUCAAGACAGUUGGGAGAAGUAAUGGUGUAGUUAAGAUGGGAAGAGCAGGGUUAAGCAAACAACGAAUAGGAGAACUCCACGUGGUAUAUAGUUGGGAAAGGUGACCUAUUAAUGGAGUUGACAUCUAUCUGAUAUGUGCAGAAGGGAGAAGAGGAAGAUGGAGAAAUUGCAGAGCUCGCUACCUACAUCAGUAAGUCCAUCACCUAAUCAAUUUUUGCAUGCUACAUAUCGGCGCCCAGGGGCCUCAUAAUAUAGUUCGGAGACUUUAUGAAGUUAUGUUAGAGAAAU